GGUCACCAGGCAUCAGGUCAUUUGGCUCGACAGCGGGCACCCGCGUCAUCUGGCAAGGCAGUGGGCUCCGAGUCAACAGGCACGACAGUGGGCACCGGGUCAUCAGGUACCGGAUUGGGCUCGACAGCAGGCAUCGGGUCACCAGGUAUGACAGCGGGCACUGGGUCACCAGGCAUCAGGUCAUUUGGCUUGCCAGCGGGCACCGCGUCAUCUGGCAAGGCAGUGGGCACCGGGUCACCAGGCAUUGGAUCGUCUGGCUCGACAGCGGGCAUUGGGUCACCAGGCAUCAGGUCAUUUGGCUCGCCAGCGGGCACCGCGUCAUCUGGCAAGGCAGUGGGCACCGAGUCACCAGGUACGACAGCGGGCUCUGAGUCAAUUGGCACGACAGCGGGCCGGAUCAGGUACCGGAUCAUCUGGAUCAACAGCGGGCAUCGAGUCAACUGG